AUGACGUACGUGUCAUGCUUUUACCAUGCGUUCCGUAACGCACCAGAAGUCCGUUCGAUGCCGCCACCAGUUCGUGCGCAGAUUGUGCCACCGGAACGCGAUUGGCGUAAAGAAGCGGAAACGGCGGCGAAUAGGAUCUGCCGGGUGCUGAAAGUUAACCAAGAAAACGAAAAGAUGAUGCAAGAGUACGAACAUCUUGCCAGUGACCUGCUUGCUUGGAUAAAUCACUGGAUGCCCGUGGUUGGCGAAUCGAACUACUGA